AUGGAUACCUCCAAGACCCCCGUUAAGCUCGCCAAGGUCACCAAGGUUCUCGGCCGCACUGGAUCCCGUGGUGGUGUCACCCAGGUCCGCGUUGAAUUCAUGGACGAUACCAACCGUAGCAUUAUCCGUAACGUUAAGGGUCCCGUUCGUGAGAACGACAUCCUCUGUCUCUUGGAGUCCGAGCGUGAAGCCCGCCGUCUCCGCUAA